AUGACCGGACUGCCUGACUGUAACGAUGUACCGUCGAGGACGCUGCUUCCUCCCGAACUCUGGAUACGGAUCUUGCAGUUUGCCACGACAGUGUCUGGGCAAAUGCAAGUCGAUGCUCAGAAACCGCUCGAUGAUGGCGCCGUUGCGCUCGCUCUGCCGCACAUCCUUUCCCCUCAGUCCGCACGCGCCGAAUUUCUCGCAACACAAACAACCCGAGCAGCCAUCGUGCGCGUAUGCAGAAUCUGGAACACCAUAGCUACGCCGUACCUCUAUGCGGCCAUCUGCGUGCCGUCGAGCUCUGCGCUCCCACCUCUCGCAGAAGCCCUCACUCGCCAUGGCAAGCUGGUGCGGCGCCUGGACCUAUUUCUCGCGGAUGAUGAGUGCCACGAGAUCUCGCCGCUUGAAAAGAUCUUCUCGCACAUGUCUCAACUUGAAAUAUUGCACAUUGCGACACGAGCGGACGCCAAGAUCCUCAUUCCUCACCGCGCGAUGUGCGCGCUGCGAGAGACGUGCGCACCCUCACUACUCUCGCUUUCUUGGGAUCCAACCUCCGCUCUAUACCCCACCGUUCAACAACUGCAAUCACUUCUCUGCGCCACACGGAAUCUACGCUCGCUAGGGCAGCUAUAUUGGCCCGACUGCGAAACAGGAUACGCUCUUGGUUGCCCGUAUACCCUUCCCGUCCUCAAGAGACUCGAUAGCAUGACGUUGCUGAAUGGACACGACGAUCAUGGCGUCGAUCCGCCCACGUUCCCGUCUUUACGCCACAUCAUCAUCGGCAAAUCCGCGCAGAGUGGAUGCGUCGACGCAUUUGUACGUGCGCAUGCGCCCACCCUCCGAUCUGCCAUCGUGGAAGUAGCCGUGGAGGACCAGGAGGCGCUCGCGCCGCUGAUGGCAUGCGAGCAGCUUGAUACGCUCAUACUCCAUAUGUCACCCGAUAUGGUGCGCGCGUUGUCGCUUUGGCGCAUGCCGCUGUCUUUACGUCGACUCGGGAUUUACGUGCACGAGGUGGAUGGAGAGGCGCGGGAGCUCGUCGUGAUGCUCGGGCAUGUAUCGACCAUGGAGGCCCCGGGUCUGCAGGUGGUUCGGCUGAUGCAUCUUACACGCCGGCGUCUAGAGACGUUCUUGCGGUCAGAUGGAUUCGCACUCGUAUACGGCUUGUUCGCGCGAGCAGGAUGGAAACUAGAGGAUCGCGAUGGAUGCUCGCUUGUUCCUUUACAGUGA